CUGUUUUCGUAUUACAUUGAAGAUCAGAUGAUCAUUGUGAGGCUCUGCAGCGUCAGCUAAAAUUGAAAUAUGAGCAACAAGAAAAAUAAGACUAGUGCUCCAGAGAUGAACAACCAGCCUCUCCCAGCUGCAGCACAAACACCUGCAGAUACUACUAACAAGGACACUGGAGUUUACGACGCCACAACAAGCGGAAACAAACAUCCCCCAGGCCACAAGAAUGCUAAAAAUAUGUUGAGGAUGGAGAAAUUCUUCACUUUUUUGGCUGGGAAUACUCUGGGGUCUCAUGUGGAAUUCAAUCAUCGUCUCACCACACAAAGAGGUCUGACUGAGGUGAUGUCACCAGAGCAGAGUGAUGUCAUCUUGUCUUUCUUUCCCAUCAUCUCUCAUGCUGGGACUGAUAUUGAAGCAGCACUGCAGCAGAUUCCAGAUGGUAAACCUGUCAUUCUGGUAGUGCUGCAUCACACCUUCAACUCAGACUACACUGUACCUGACAGUAGCAGACUAGUGACCAGAGGUGAUGUAAUACUCACAGUGGACUGUCUCUUUCAUGAGAGCAAAGGACUACUGGAGUGUCCACGCAAUGAAGAAGCAAUUAGAAAGAUUCUGGACAGGCCAGAAAUACAGCCAAAGACAAGUAAGCCUGCUGCUCCAGAGAAGACCAGACAGAUCCCGCCCGCUGCUUCACAUCCACCUGAAGAUACUACUAACAAGGACACUGGAGUUUACGACGCCACAACAAGCGGAAACAAACAUCCCCCAGGCCACAAGAAUGCUAAAAAUAUGUUGAGGGUGGAGAAAUUCUUCACUUUUUUGGCUGGGAAUACUCUGGGGUCUCAUGUGGAAUUCAAUCAUCGUCUCACCACACAAAGAGGUCUGACUGAGGUGAUGUCACCAGAGCAGAGUGAUGUCAUCUUGUCUUUCUUUCCCAUCAUCUCUCAUGCUGGGACUGAUAUUGAAGCAGCACUGCAGCAGAUUCCAGAUGGUAAACCUGUCAUUCUGGUAGUGCUGCAUCACACCUUCAACUCAGACUACACUGUACCUGACAGUAGCAGACUAGUGACCAGAGGUGAUGUAAUACUCACAGUGGACUGUCUCUUUCAUGAGAGCAAAGGACUACUGGAGUGUCCACGCAAUGAAGAAGCAAUUAGAAAGAUUCUGGACAGGCCAGAAAUACAGCCAAAGACAAGUAAGCCUGCUGCUCCAGAGAAGACCAGACAGAUCCCGCCCGCUGCUUCACAUCCACCUGAAGAUGCUGUUAACGAUGCUAACAUCAACACUGGAGUUGACAAACGCCCUCCAGGUCCCAAGAACUCUGCGAUUACAAGCCAACCUAAACAGCAGGACUAUCCAAAAAAUGCUAUCAUCAACAAGGCCGAAGAUCCAAGCCAACCUAAUGCAAAUGUAGACCCUGAAAUUCAGGACAGUGCAAGAGAAGACAGAAAUGAACUUCCCCCAGGGGCCAAGGAUGUUGAACUUCAAAGCAAAACAGAAGAGGCAAAAAGGUGUAGUACUACUCCAGAACCAACCAACCAGCCCUCUCCAGCUCCUGCUAAAGCAUCUGAAGAUGCUGUCAUCAAGGAGGCCAGAGACUCAACAUGUGAAGAUCCAAACCAGCUUCAUGCAGAUGUAGACACUGGAGUUCAAGAUAGUACAAGAGAAGACAAAAACAAACGUCCUCCAGUCCCCAUGGAUGUAAAACUUCAAAGCAAAACUACAGAGACGAGUAAGCCCACUAUUCCAGAAGAGACUAGUCAGCCCUCCCCAGCUGCUGCAACACCUGAAGAUGCUACUAAUGACGACACCGGAUUUCACAACCUUACAAGAGCAGAUGGAAACCAUCCCCCAGGCCCCAAGAAUGUUGAACAUGAAAGCAAAACUAAAGAGAAAAAUAAGACUAGUGCUCCAGAGAUGAACAACCAGCCUCUCCCAGCUGCAGCACAAACACCUGCAGAUACUACUAACAAGGACACUGGAGUUUACGACGCCACAACAAGCCGAAACAAACAUCCCCCAGGCCCCAAGAAUGCUAAAAAUAUGAUGAGGAUGGAGAAAUUCUUCACUGUUGUGGCUGGGAAUACUCUGAGGUCUCAUGUGGAAUUCAAUCAUCGUCUCACCACACAAAGAGGUCUGACUGAGGUGAUGUCACCAGAGCAGAGUGAUGUCAUCUUGUCUUUCUGUCCCAUCAUCUCUCGUGCUGGGACUGAUAUUGAAGCAGCACUGCAGCAGAUUCCAGCUGGUAAACCUGUCAUUCUGGUAGUGCUGCAUCACACCUUCAACUCAGACUACACUGUACCUGACAGUAGCAGACUAGUGACCAGAGGUGAUGUAAUACUCACAGUGGACUGUCUCUUCCAUGAGAGCAAAGGACUACUGGAGUGUCCACGCAAUGAAGAAGCAAUUAGAAAGAUUCUGGACAGGCCAGAAAUACAGCCAAAGACAAGUAAGCCUGCUGCUCCAGAGAAGACCAGACAGAUCCCGCCCGCUGCUUCACAUCCACCUGAAGAUGCUGUUUACGAUGCUAACAUGAACACGGGAGUUGACAAACGUCCUCCAGGUCGCAAGAACUCUGCAAUUACAAGCCAACCUAAACAGCAGGACUAUUCAAAAAGGUCGAGGAUGGACAAAUUCUUCACUGUUGUGACUGGGAAUACUCUGGGGUCUCAUGAGGAAUUAUUUGAUCAUCUCACUGCCAAUAGACACUUAACUAAAGUGACGUCACUAGAGGAGAGUGAUGUCAUCUUGGCUUUCUGUUCCAUUGUCUCUCGGUCUGGGACUGAUAUUGAAGCAGCACUGAAGCAGAUUCCAGCUGGUAAACCUGUCAUUCUGGUAGUGCUGCAUCACACCUUCGAUCCAGACUACACUGUACCUGACAGUAGCAGACUAGUGACCAGAGGUGAUGUAAUACUCACAGUGGACUGUCUCUUCCAUGAGAGCAAAGGACUACUGGAGUGUCCACGCAAUGAAGCAGCAGUCAAAGACAUUUUGAAGAAGCUUGACAUACGUCCUGAGACUAAAAAUGAAGCACGAGUCAAUAGGGCUCAUGAGAGGCAAACUGUACAGCCAAUGGAGACAAGCUGUUGUUGCAAUUUCCUCAACAUCUGCUGCUGCUGUUUUCUACCCUCCAGCGAGACAAGCUGUUGUUGCAAUUUCCUCAACAUCUGCUGCUGCUGUUUUCUACCCUCCAGCGAGACAAGCUGUUGUGACAUUAUCUGCCGUCGACCUUCCAUUGUAUGUCCUACAGAGGACCAGAACACUCCCCUUAUAAGAUAAAGAAGUGUGUAAACAGUAUUGCAUAAAUACUGCUAUUGCAUAAAUACUGAUAUUGAUUCUGAUACUUCCCCCUUACUGAGCACCAUACACAUUGUGUGGUCCUUUUGUAAUGCAUCCAAUGACUAUAACUGAAAUCAAUUGCAGAAAGUACAUUUUCUGAUGAUUAUUACAUUUUGUGAUGUAUUGUUUUCAUUAUUAGGGGAAAUGGACACAUGAACCUCAAUCAUCUGAAAUUAGGCUACUAUAACAUGUAGUAGUAUAUGCUCUUUCCAAGCCGUGUACCUGUAUAUUUACUUUAUGCAUAGGCCUAGGCUACAACAUCAAACAUAAACCAAAAAUGUGUGCUUAAACAAACAUGAUAUAGGAGUCUGAUUCUAAGAUCAAUGGUACUUAGUACAAUCAAUAGAUUGAUAAUGACUGAGAUGGUUAUACCUGUGAUAAAACAAUCCAAUAAUUAAAUAUUACAAACUGGGAAGUUUGGUUCCUGGAUGUUGAUUGGCUGAAAGCUGUGUUAUAUGAGACAUUUUUGCCGCGUUCACGUGCUGGUCGGAAUUCGGAAAUGUCUGACUUGCUAAGUGGUUGAAUGCGGCACAUGUAUAACUACAACCAGUUAGCAAGUCGAAAAUGUCAAAGUUUCUCAGUUCCGACUAGCAUGUGAACGCAACAUAUAAACCGGGUAGUCUGGGUCCUGGAUAAUGAUUGGUUGAAAGCUGUGGUAUGUCAGACAAUAUACCACGGGUAUGACUUGUUUACUGUUCUAAUUAUGUUGGUAACCAGUUUAUAA